AUGCGCGUUAAGUUGCUUUGUACGUACGGCGUAUACCAAUGAGCAUGGCAAAUAGCUGAAAUAUUCCGCCGGAAGUACACAGAUCGUCGACAUCGAUAUUGGAGCAAUAUCGUUAAAUACUAAAAUUGACACAUUUCCAAUUUUUUAGCGAAAAAUGGCCUGUAAGUCGUUGUCACGUAAACUUCCAGCAAUAUGCGCAUGGCUAGUUUUAAUUGGUGCAACGUCUGCAUUCUUCAGUUCAUUGGGUAAAUUUCUACAUGAUAAACAUCCAGCGAUUCCAUACUACUCAGCCAUUAUCACGAUCUAUGUAAUAGCAAAUUUUAUAGCAGCAACAUUUAUGGAUCCUGGCGUCUAUCCCAAAGCGCAUAACGAUGAACUUAGAGACGAUGAUAUUCGAGCUCCUCUCUAUAAAAAUGCGGAGAUACUAGGUGUACCAGUUCGAAUGAAGUGGUGUACAACCUGCAAGUUCUAUAGACCACCAAGGUGCUCACAUUGCAGUACAUGCAAUUGUUGUAUAGAUACUUUUGACCAUCACUGUCCGUGGGUGAACAACUGCGUUGGACGCCGAAAUUAUAGGCAUUUCUUCAUGUUUCUUAUUGCCUUGGCUACUCAUAUGAUAAACGUUUUUACACUAUCUCUUAUGUAUAUCGUUGAGCAUAAAGAUGAUCUGAGUACGGUCAACUGCGUCAUUUCUAUCAUUGUAGUUGUGAUCGUCGGCUUAUUGGCAUUCCCUAUCUUUGGAUUAACUGGAUUUCACAUAGUCCUUGUCUCCCGAGGUAGGACUACAAAUGAGCAUGUGACUGGAAAAUAUUCCUCAGCUGAGAAUCCCUUUGAUAAGGGCUGUAAAAGGAAUUGUCAAUAUAUUUUCUGCUCCCCUCUCUAUCCUUCCGUCAUGAAAGUACGAACGAAGAAUCCUCAUUUAAGCGCCGAAUCUUCUCGUAUACACUACGAAGUUGGCCCAGAAGAUGUCAACGUUUAUAUGGAACCAAAUAAUGGCGCCCCUGGUAAAACCGUUUCUGGACAAGCCGUCUAUAAGCAGUUACAGCGAAGUCGCGAGUCAGUCUUAACUGGAAAUAAGCCAAUCAUCAAACAAAAAACGAACUAUAAGGAGGCGAUAAAUCAUCCACCGAGGUCACUUAAUUACGCAAAUGAAACCGCGUCAUUAAAUCGUCGACCGUACAUGGACGAAGGCCGACCGUCAAAGCCAAUUGGUUUACAUAGGAGUACUGAUAAAGGUUCCAUGACGAAUUUCUAUGAAAAGGCGGCUAGUAAUCCUCCAGCACCACAUACACAACCCAAGCCUAAACUUACUUCCCCAUAUAACGAGAGCCGGCCUUUCGUGGGAGAGAGUCAUCUUGCCAGUGACGCUCUUUAUCCAACAAAUCAGGCACUAAUCACCGAUAAAAGGAAAAGAAAGCCAAUACAAGAGCCCAUAAAUUCAUUACCUGCAUCUAGUCAAACGGCAAAAAGCGAAACAAACAUACGCGACAUACCCAAUAUACCAGGCACUCAUAAACGGCCCAUGUCGUUUGCAAAAGCUAUGGAUUUUCCAGAAGGCCUGGCGCCACCUCCCUUAGACGACGUGCCCGAAGCAAAAUACGGUUCUACGUACGAAAUUUCCGUUUGAUUGCUCAACGAUCAAGUGCUAAAGAUUUUUCCUUUUUUUAUUACUGUUGUAUCUCAAAAAAAAAUUUGUUUCCUGAUUCGAACGCAUUCGGAACAAGCGGAAAUUUUGUUUUUUUUAUCGUUAAUGGGCAUUUCGUUAAGUUCGUUUUAAAACGAAGCUGUGAUACGUAAAUGCGCUCUACUUUGUUUUGCAUGCUAAUCUUACUGUUCGCGACUCAGAUAAUAAUAAAAAAAAAACAAUUGAACAUCGAUAAUAAAAAAGGGGGCUUUUUGUUGCUUUUUUUUAUUUUUUAUAUUUAUUUGUUUUAAUAUAUCGAUAUACAAAGUUGGAUGAUUUAACAAAGAAAAAGUUGAUUUUUUUCUUUUUUUUUUACCUUUUAA